AGUAGAAACCAGUGAUCAGUCAUUCCCUCCCUCUCCCACUCUCUCUAACUCCUCACUCUCCUAUCAGGUAAAGCAGCCAUGGAUAUUCAGAGAAACCUUCUGCUCAACUGGACUUACUUCCACCAAGAAAAGAGCAUGGAUGAGCUGAGGCAAACGCUUCUGCUGACAAUGGAGCUCGAAGAUACACGAAUGAAAGCUCAAGAGGAGCUUAAAAUGAGAGACGAACAGAUCUCCCAACUCAAAGAGCUUCUCAACAGAGCCAUCAAAGAGAGGGACGAAGCCCAAGAACACUGUCAGAAAGUUCUGUUCGAGAAGCUGUUGCUGCAGCAGCAGCUGCAGUAUUCCGGGGGUUCAAGCGUUGAAGAUGAUCACAAACGGGGAAUGGACGGCUUUUCCUCCUCAGAUUGUGAUGAAAGCAUCGUUUCAUCACCACACCACCUGCCGCCGCCGCCGGCAGAGUCUGAACCCGAGUUGCCUAUAGUUCUGGACAGGCCGCUGCCGGAAAAGGGUAAGCUUCUGCAAGCAGUGAUGAAAGCGGGACCACUGCUGCAGACCCUCCUCCUGGCCGGGCCCCUGCCACAGUGGCGCCACCCUCCACCACCGCUCGACAGCUACCAGAUUCCUCCGCCGCCGGUUGCGGUCCCACCACCAGUGUCAUUCCACAGCAACAUCUGUGUCUCUUUCGUCACAUAA